AGAGAGAGAAAGGGGAAGGGCGGGAUCCAGCUAGCUAGUUGAUGUCUUCUUUUAGGGUUUCCUUCUUUUCUCCAUAUCUCUAUUCUUUAUUGAUUGUUUAAAUUUUGAACUGUUUAAUAUUAAUUCUUAUUAUAUAUACAGUUAUUAUUUCUUUCUCUGUGUCCUUCUGGCAACUCUCCCUCCGUUCUUUCUCCUCGCACAGAGAGCUUCCACACCAGGAGGUCUCCCAAACCUGUCGAACUGUUCCCAAGUUUCAGAAUAUCCAGAAGGGCCAAAACCUAAAGAAAACUGUGUUAGUGUGUUACUGUUUCGACAUUCUCCAUCAAUCUCUCGCGCUCUUUCUCUGUCUCUCACACACACACUAUCUUUUCCUGCUUUUCUUUUUCUUUCUUUUGUUUGAGGGGGCCCUGAGAUUGCAAAUCCAGCGAACCCAACUUCUUAUUAUUAAACCUUCUUGACGCAGCAACCGCUAUCUCUAAAUCUUGUCGCUCCAGCCUUACCUAUUUUGUGGUUCAUAGCUCUUCUCUGUCUCUAUCUGUCCCCCAAUCUUGCUAUCUGCUAUUUCAAGUUGUUCGAAUGGCUGAAGAUUUGGACGACGGAGAGUUUUGGCUCCCCGCGCAGUUCCUCACCGAUGAUGAUAUGCUUAUGGAUGGCAAGGACCGGAAGAGCCACAUCGGUGGUGCUUUUGCUGAUGGAGUUAGGGUUUCAUUCCCUUCCGAGUUCCCUUAUGGGGUUUCUUCUGCUCUAAGCUCUCCGGUAGAGUCAGUGGUGAGUUCUACUGAGACUGAGAGCGAUGAGGAUGAUCCCAUGGGAGGCUUGACUCUCCAGAUGGCUCGCUCUAUGCUUCAUGAACAUGACCAGAGCACCGGCCCUGCUUUUGGCACUGAAAACUCCAAGGCUUGGGUUUUAUCUGGUUCGCCCCAAUCAACUUUGUGCGCAUUUGGAAGCUUGUCGGCAUGCAGUGCUGGCUCCAGUCGGGGAAGCCCAAACGGGCCCUCUCAGGUUUGUUCGCCGCCUUCAACGCCGAUGCAUGGAAAAGAUGAUGCCUGGGAUCUGCUUUAUGCCGCCGCAGGGCAAGUCGUGAGGAUGAAGAUGAACGAUGAAGCACCCAAGUGCCACCAGGGACGAGGGCUUUUGGGUCCACCCAGAAAAUCUUCUUCAAUCGUUCCGCCUUUGAGAAACCCUAAUGUGAGUAUGUACUCGAAUCAGGCCUUCACACCCCAGCAGUUACAGUCAAAUCAGCUUCAACAGUUGAAACAGCAGCAAAUAAUGAAGCAGCAGCAGCAGUGCUCCUCUGCUUGGGGAAAACAGGGGAAGGUAGUAGGAACCGCGCAGCAACACCAGCAACAGGUUUCUAACAGAGCAACCAGACCUGGCGGGUUCAGCAACGCCAGAUGUGGCCGUCCUCUGGAUCUGUCAUCCUCUGCUUGGCCACCGCUGCAACCUCAGCCACAGCAUCAACAUCAGCAGCCGCAUCCACAUCCGCAUCAUCAUAAUGCGGGCUCUGGCAUGAGAGCUGUUUUUCUUGGAGGUCCUGAUUCCAGGAGGGAGUCUUCUGGUACUGGGGUUUUCUUGCCUCGUAGAAUCGGUAGUCCAGCGGAGUUGCGCAAAAAGCCAGCAUGUUCGACGGUUUUGGUGCCAGCAAGAGUGGUCCAGGCCCUGAAUUUGAAUUUUGAUGAAAUGGGUUCUCAGCCGCGCUUCGCUGGAGGAUAUUCUUAUGAUCAUGGCAGGAAGCAAUGCAGUGUUAUGUCAGCAGAAGCUGAGUCUAAGAACUCAGGCAGGGAUGGACCAUGAGAUACGCCUUCCUACUGAGUGGACGUAUUGAGCUCCAUACGUCCCUACUCUUGUGUCCUUUUGGUUUUACUAAUCCCAUACUACUAGGGUUUUUUUUUCUUGGUUUUUUGUUUUUUUGGGAUGGAAGAAAGAAAAAGGAAAAGGAACUGGAAACUUUAGAAAGAGAAGGGAGAAAAAGAAAAGGAAAAAAAAGUAAAGAAAGGAGGAGAAGGAAAGAAAGAAGGUUAGAGGGGUUCUUUGUAGGGAUAUUUUUUUAUUUUGCUAAAAAGAUUCGAUGAAGUUUUGGAAGAUGAAGAAAUGUUUGUUAGUAGUAUUAGGUAUAUGAAGAUGGGAUAAGAAGGAGAAGAAUAAUUCCUGAUUUUGCUGAAGAUGAUCCGACUGUGUUUUUUGUUUUUGGUUGGCUUUGGCUAUCUGAAGUGAAAAAGAAGAAAGUUCUAGUCUAUAGCAUUACCCCUACAUGGCCAGUUAUAUGUAUAAUGUAAUAAAAGGAACGGUUUCUUGUGCGUUA